GGGUGAGCCAUGGGUUUUUAACAAUCUCCAGGGACUGGGCAGUUCACUGGGGAGCUGUGAACAGGACACAGAGAAGUGAGUGCGAACGGCAAUCCGGGGCUGGCCCUGUCCCACUGUGCCCAGCCUUCAGUACCAGGCCAGCUGGGCAGGCUUGCCCCGCCAGCCACCGAGAGUCGCCAGAGGGCGUUGUAGAGAGCUAACCACGUGCAGACGCACCAUAUAGUCCUUUCCAGAAGUGCAGACAUGACAUUUCCAGUUGGUCUUGAAUGUCUGCCUCUGCCAAGCCGCCUGUUGUCGUACACGAGCCAAUUAACCUUCCAUCCGAAGGUUGGACAACAUAGCAAGACUCUCACAUGGGCCUGCGCGGGCCACACUCAAAGAGCACUGUAAUUGUCUAGACAGUUUCCUCCCGCCUCCUCUCGGCUUGAAGCUUCCAGUCCGUAGAAGAGGGAAGACAGGAGGGCGACAGUGCCUCUGCUGAGUCCCUGUUGCACAUGUGAGUUGGUGCCCAGCCAGGCUCCAGAGCCGCCCAGACUAGCCAGGGUGCUGACCACGCAGAUGGGACAGCAGGCAUUCUGCACGCCUCCCGCGGGCGCCUGAGGAGCGCGAUCCCCGAGGCGCAGGGAGCCACCCGGCUGGCCUAGCAGGUGGCGGGCCAUGGCCAGCACGGCCGUGCAGCUGCUGGGUUUCGUGCUCAGCUUCCUGGGCAUGGUGGGCACGCUCAUCACCACCAUCCUGCCGCACUGGCGGCGCACGGCGCACGUGGGCACCAAUAUCCUGACGGCUGUGUCCUACCUGAAGGGGCUGUGGAUGGAGUGCGUGUGGCACAGCACCGGGAUCUACCAGUGCCAGAUCUACCGGUCCCUGCUGGCGCUGCCCCGCGACCUGCAGGCGGCGCGCGCGCUCAUGGUCAUCUCUUGCCUGCUCUCGGGCUUCGCCUGCGCCUCUGCCGUCGUGGGCAUGAAGUGCACGCGCUGCGCCAAGGGCACGGGCGCCAAGGCCACGUUCGCCGUGCUGGGCGGUGCGCUCUUCAUCCUGGCCGGCCUGCUCUGCAUGGUAGCCGUCUCCUGGACCACCAACGACGUGGUGCAGAACUUCUACAACCCGCUGCUGCCCAGCGGCAUGAAGUUCGAGAUCGGCCAGGCGCUGUACCUCGGCUUCAUCUCCUCGUCCCUCUCGCUCAUCGGCGGCACCUUGCUCUGCCUGUCGUGCCAGGACGAGGCGCCCUACAGGCCCUCCCAGGCCCAGCCCAGGGCUACCACGGCCACCGCACCCGCCUACCGUCCUCCCGCCGCCUACAAGGACAACAGGGCCCCCUCGAUGACCUCCGCUUCGCACAGCGGCUACCGGCUAAACGACUACGUGUGAGUCCGGUCGCCUGACGCUGCGCCCCGGGGCACUGCGGACUGCGGCAGGAGUUCCAGCACUGAGUUGACUUCUGGGCUAUUUCUGCAUCCAAGGAAACAAUGUGAACGUGAAGAAAUGUUCUCAGAACCCAGGGAAGGCGUGGGGAGGAGGAAGAGAGAAAGCUUUAUAUACCAAAGACACAAACAAAUCCUUUCUGUUUUUGUAUUUAUUAUACGUAUUUAUGUGGGUGAUUUAAUAACAGCUCAGGAGGAGGUGGCUUGGGGGGGGUUGGUUGACAGGGUUUGUAAUACAGGAAUAAACCUUUCAGACG